UGUUAGACCAUUACUUUUCAAUGCAUUCUUACUUUCCUUCUAGCGAGCAACAAGAGGGCAGAAUGAAAUUCGCACUUGUACUAAGCUUAUUAACACUUGGUGGAGUACUCUCGCAUUCAUGGCUGAGUUGUCCCCCUUCGUUUCAUACCAUGCCGACACGUGGAGGAUUCUUCAAUGGGCCUUGCGAACGAUGGAGCAGAGGUGGAAACACAAAAGUUAAAGCAGGUGACAGAUUAAAGGUUGGAUGGACAUCAAACAAUCAUGCUGGAGGAUUUGUUCGUUUAGCUCUUGUACCUGAAGGGCAACACAAAAGUAACAAAAAUUUUGAACAAAAUGUUUUAAAAGUUGCUUGUUAUGGUAAAGACCAACGUCCUGGUGGAUCUCGGUAUGGUGAUUGCAUUCAUCCAUGUAACACAAGACCUGGAUGUGAAUAUCAGUCAGAUAUAUCCGACGUGGAGAGGUACGACACAACCAUAACCGUUCCAACAAACCUCAAAGAUGGAGUGUACAUUCUUCAAUAUACUGGUCUUGUUGGAAACGCUGUGAAACCCUACUUUAGUUGUGCUAAACUUACGGUAACCGGAGGUGACCCAUCAUUGAAUUGCAAAUUAAAAGAAGCCCCACCAAUGUAUAAAUGUCACCGAUCAGGAGGGCCACCAAGGUCCAAAAUAACGACCGGUAUCAAACGAGGAGAAUUUUGUUAUCACAAAGAUAAAAUUGGAGGUAUUGAUGAUCGCAUUAGAGAAGUUCCGAUCAACGUAGAUUGUGAUCCUAGGAUAACAUGUGCUAAUUCCAUCAGUGAAAAGAAAUGCUCCGCAGCACCAGGAAUGAAGGAUAUCAAGAAUGCAUGGGAUCCAAAACAACCUAACUGUGGCAAUGUGCAGCCCCCACCUCCACCCACUUGUGAUGAUAAAAAACAAAAUCAAGGUGAAGAUGAUGUGGACUGUGGUGGUCCGUGUAAACCCUGUCCAACUGCUGGGCCCAAUACUGGUUUAUAUCAUUCUAAAAUUGACCACAAAAUAACUCAAUGGGGUAGUGGAAACAUCAAGAUAUACAUCAGUAAAGACGUUCCAAGAGACUGGCAACUAACUGUGCAAUACAGUGUACCAAUUAAGAUUGGAGCCAUCUGGGGAGGUGGAAGAAAGUCUGGUCAAAAUGAAGGCGGAAACAUUAUCAAAUUCCGACGGAAUAGUUGGAACAAGUUACCAAAGAAAGGUGACAUCAUAUCGAUCGGAUUUAACAGCGCGAAAGGACGCGAAGGAGAAUUGACUCCAUUAACCAUGCUUUUUGAAAUCGAUGAACCAAGUGUCGUGAAACGCCAUCUCGGUUCAUUAGGACCCAAUCCCCACAACGCAUGUGGUGAAUCAAGAUGUAAACAUGGAUACGAAUGUGUCACUGAAGUGGAAUCACCAUGCAAAUCACGUGAUUGCAUAAAACAAUACUGUCAGAAAUUGUAAAAACUAACAAAAGGAGAAAAUAGAUUUAAAAAAUCUUUA